GACCCUGUGGUGAAAGGACCAUUUCCAUUACCUGCAAAAGACCAUUUAAGGCUGAAGCAAGAACUUCCAAUUCCAGCUGUUUUCCUCCUUCAUAUUUGUGCAAAGCCCCUCUCUGCUCCCAAUCAGGUGAACGGCAUUCGUUUCAUUGGUCUCAUGAGGGGACAGGUUCUGAUAACAUGGGAUGACAGCUGUGUGAAUUCAAAAUGUUUGAAAAAAUUUGAAGUGAUGUUUUCAGUGGAUGGGAAAGAGUAUCACCAAAUCAGUGUCAAGGACAAUAUAUUUACAAUGUUAAUCUACAGCCCAGGAACAACAGUCGUGGGUUAUUACAAAGUCCGUGCUGUGGAUUACUGGGACAGGCCAGGUCCGUUUUCUGUGCCUAUGUUUUACAGAGAACCAUCUUAAAAAGAAGAAGAAAAUCUUCAUCAGAAGUUAUAUAAUUAAAAAUGCAAGUUGCAGUUCGCUUUUCAUUACAGGCAAACCAUAACCCUUAAAAGGAUGGUUUUGUUGUUCUUACCAAAAUCUUCUCUUUUCAUUGGUUUAGCCUUCUAUAUUCUUCCUCCACCAAUAAUAUGGAAAGACUCUUCUUUUCCAGAUCA